UACACGUAGUAUGCCACGUAGAGCUGCCUUUACUACGUAGGUAGUAAAGGCGCUUCAUGCUCCUUGUGCUCAGUGUAACGAUGUGUUUGCAUUAGACAGUUUUUCCAUUCGUGUGGAAUAAUUGCAUUGCUCGUUGAUGGUCUACGACUAGGACAAGAGUGAGCUGUGAUGUCCUGGAUAACAGACCUUGCUGGACGUGCUGAGGAUCUUCUGAAUAAGCUAGACUCUGAAGCAGCCACUGUCCUAACCCGAACCAGCGAGAGAAGGAACUCUGCUAGUACCAAGACUCCUACCAUAUAUGAUGCAGCCAGCACUACCUCUUAUACCACCAAGCAGGAAAGGUCAUCAUCCCUUCACAGCUCCUCAAGUGUCCCAAAUAACCUGAGCAGUUAUGGAAUGAGCACCUCUGCAGUCAAGACUCAGUUCUCACCAAAGACCAAAAAGAUUCCCACAAAAAAGAGGGACACUGCCAAAGAAGAGGGGCUGAUGGAUUACUUGAACAGCCCCUCUCAGCAGGAAGCAGACCAGCUACCAAGCAGCACACUGCCCUCAGACUCGUUGGUUUCCUCCACCACCAUGACAACCUCCACCUUCAGCAGCCUGGGUCACUCCCGCCACUCGUCCAUGUCCUCCGCCUCGUCCCUUGUGGCCCUCAGUGGACGAGAGACUCCUGGCUCAGCCAACAAUGACAAUGAGAGUGGGAGUUGUGGGUCAGCCAACACUGACGCUUACAUCACGGUGGACCCUCCCUCAGACAUCAACAUCUCUGCUCCACCCAGCACUGAUGGCAGCACCAGUAGUAAUGGUGCUGUGGCGGGAUCAAGGGACACCGAGAGCAGCUUGUUGAGGAAGGAAGUGGCCAGCCUCAACCAGGAGAUGAGUCAGGUGCUGAAGAGAGCAAAGGACUCAGAAAGAGAGGCCCAGCAGUUGAGGAAUCAAGUGUCAGGUAUGCUAAGUCAACAGUCCACUAGUGACCGACUCAUGCGAGACCUUCAACAGAGAGAAAUGGAUCUUCAGGAAUCAUUACGGGCUAAAGACAGUCAGUUGGCAGUGUUAAGAGUGCGCCUGCAGGAGGCAGAUGACAAAACACAAAGUAGGGAUGCUGCUCUGGUGGAAUUGCAAGCUGAAAAUAAAAGAUUAAUUGAGGGUGCAAGUGAGAGCAGUGGCCUGCAUAGCCAUGCCUUACAGACCCUACAGGACCGUCUAGGGGAGGCCCAGGCUGUGCUGGACCAGGAGCGGCAGCAGCACAGUGCAACCCACAUGGAACUCUCUAAAAGAAUCAGCCACUUGGAGGAGGAGCGGCAGAGCAUGGCCAUGGCGCUCUCUGAGGGUCAGCGCAAGUUGGAAGAGGAGAGGCACAGGAAUCACCAGAUCUCCCAGCAGAUAAAUUCUUUGCGUGGAGAGUUGUCUUCCUGCCGAGAAGAGCUGACAGAGUACAAGGCCAAAGCCAGCCGGAUCCUGCAGAGUAAAGAGAAGCUGAUUGCCUCCUUGAAAGAGGACCGAGGGGGUGGGGGUGAAGCUGGCUCCUCCAGUUCUGAUCUUCAUAUGGCUGAACUAGAGCAGAUAAAGGCUGAGCGAGACUUGCUGAGGGAGGAACUGGAGGGAACAGGAGUACGGAUGCAGCAGCUGAUGCUUGAAGUGUCUGAGGCAGAAGCAGCAGCCCAAGAUCAGGCAGCCUUGGCAGCCCACAAUGCUGCAAACCUAGAGGAGACAGUUACUCAGGAACGUAGAAGGAGGGGUGACAUGGAGGCAGAACUCAGACAGAUUCAGGAGGAACUGCGUUGUGCCCAUGAAGAACUCACCAGACAAAAAGUGAGCUUCUCAUCCCGACUACAAGAGCGUGACACAGAAAUUGACAGACUCAGAAAACAGGUUGCUCACAAGCAGAGUUCCUCCAGCAGCGUGGGUGAGCUAGAGCAGAGAGUCCAUGAUCUUACUGAGUCACUCAUACACAAGCAGACUAACAUUGAGACUCUAAGUACUGAGAAGCAUUCCCUCAUCAUACAGAUGGAGCGGCUGCAGCAACAGUACGAUGAAUCCCAGAAGAUGUUGAAUCGAGACCCUCCAACACUCUUCCGUCAAGAUGAUGUCAGGAAUCGAGUGCCAAGUUUUCUUGUGGAAUCUCCUUUUGACAGAGGAAUGACUCGACACGUGAAGCGUGCAUAUUCCACCUUAGACAAAUUUUCCGUGAGAUUGGGAGUGUUUUUAAGACGUUAUCCUAUAGCCAGGGUGUUUGUGAUUGUAUAUAUGUGCCUUCUGCAUCUGUGGGUGAUGGUGGUACUUCUUACAUACACUCCAGAGGUGCAUGGACCAGACUAUCACCACCCAGCUGGCACUAUGCCCCAUGAUCAGUAGCUUACUUGUUGGAUCAACACUCUCCCUCCACCCUGCCUCUUCCCUUCCACAUCCAUUCUGUUCAUUCACUUGCACGUAUCAUUCUAAUGUAAGGAGUGGCACUAGUGAGUAUUAUAUCACUGAAAUGUUAUAGUUCUUUGCAGUUUAUGGAAGUGAGGGUUGAUAUGCAUAAAUCAAAUUUUGUUAUUAAAAAUAUAUUUAUUUAUAUAACAAGCCAACUUCACCCAUGAAGAGGGUUAUCUGUGAUCAGCAUCAUGAAACAGUGAUGGCCAAGAUCAAGACUCCAAAUUAAGCAAAUUGAUUUCAUGUUGAAAUGCUUAUAUUAUAUUUUUAACAUGUUAGAAAUGAGACCCAAGUGCUCAUUGUACAUACAUGUAUAUCAGAUUUUGUUAUUAUUACUUUGUGCUCUGAAGGAGCUUACCAUGCAUUAGUCUUAGGUACCAGAGAUGCUUGUUUGCCUGAAGUCAGGAUGUCGUCAUUCUGAAAUCAGAUGUGUCUUUCCAGUCUCCAUUAUAGAAUUCCUCUUUUAUUAGCCACUUAUUUUAUACUUAAUCUUUUAGCAAGUAUGUGACUUCCAUGUCAUAAAGAAAUGUUUUGUGUUAGUGUGUGAGUGUGUGUUCUUCACGAGAACACAAGAGAUGCUCAGAUGAUCUUCAGUGACAUAACUGUAUCAUUCUUAUGUACUAGUGAAGGAUACACUUGGUAUGGUUUGAACUUAAUGUAACAAGUCAUUGAUUGCAUUAUGCAUACAGAUGGUAAAUGUAAGAGUGUAUAUACUGUCUACUUCUAAACCUUAAGGGAAAGGAACAAUUAUUUUGUAAAUAUGGGUUGUGAGUAUUUAUCUACAUUGAUCCUUGGAUAGUAUAUAUAGUCUACUUGUACACCAGAAAGAAAAGUUAGAUUGAUUUCGUCAAUUUAAGUUGUGUACCUGAAGAAUAUCCAUUAAUUGUGAUUGAGAGGUAAUGAAGCAUAUAGUGAAGUCCUUCAUGCCAGAGAUCUUUCACAAGAAUCAGAAAUGUAAUUGAUGAAUUUCUGCAGCAUCUCUGCAAACAACAUUUAUUUAAAUAUCAGAAAGAUUAUGUAUAUUUUAUAUACAUUUGUGUUUUUUUUACUUCUCCUUACGGUAUGGUAUAUAUUGUAAUUCAUUAUUACCUGCUGUGAUUUACACAGAUGUCAAAAUUAACUUUCAGGUUUCCUCUAAGGAAAACUACGAAAGUCAUGAACAAGUAUCACUAAUAUACUUUACGCAUUUUCAGAAUUCAUCCUUGCAAUGCCACUGAUUGACAUGAACUACUUUACUUAUCUGAAAAAAAUCCCUGCCUCUUUGUCAGCAGUGUAUGUCAUGCUAACUGCAUUACUGUGGUUAUGGAAUCACAUGUACAAUAAUCGUGGGAGGUCCUCAAUCAUUAUUAUUUUUUGUGAUGCUGUAUGAGUUAAGUUAUUAAUUCAAAUAUUUUUUUUGUAUAGCAUUUAUUAAUUUUCAAUAUUUAUUUGAUAGCUUGUUCUGUCAACUUUUGCAUUUUACUAAUUAAUUUCUUAUUGAAGAGUUCCACUGUCCUGGCCACAUCCUAAGGCCGGCGCACCAACACAAGUCAGCACUAAACUUUAAUGAAAUGCAUGAAAGUUGACAUGAAUGACCUCUAGAUAAUCUUAGUAGGUUUAGGUGUGCCAUUACCUCCAGGUGUGUGUGUGUGUGUGUUAGGCUGCUACAUUUUUAUUAUAUUUUAUUAUGUAUGUAUGUAUGUAUUUUAUUUAUUUUAUUUAUUUAUUUAUUUUUUUCUGAGUAAUCCUAAACCAAACAUGUUAUGAGACUACCUUUUUCAUAGCCAGACUAUGGAGAAACUUGCCUGGUAGUAGUUCAUUGCAUACUCCUGACAUGAAUUCCUGCCCUUAAUGACCGUGAACAGAUAACCAAAGACUAGCACAGUGACUGAGGCCAUCUUGAGCAUUAACCAAUGACAUCCCCCUGGAGGUACGUACGUGGACACACCAAGACAAUGGCAGUCACUAUUGAUUAGAUACAUUAGAUUUCCCCUGACAUUAGUCGGGCCUGAGUGAGAAAACACCGCCCUUCCAAUACUAAUAACCAAUACAAUACGUAAAGUUGCCGGGUGUGCGCUACAGGUCUUAGUUUGCUUGUGAGAAUAUGCAUAUAAAAAGAAUCGUCACUAUGAUAUGACUAUAAAAACUAAGUCUAUCUACACAGUGUGUGUGUGUGUGUGUGUGUGUGUAAUUAUGUAUGAUGGAUGUACUGUAUUACGGUAUAAGUUACAAUUUGUGCGUAUGAUGCAUGUAUGUAUGCAAAGGAGUGGAAUAAUAUUAAAAAGUGUAUCAUAUUUUGUCACUAGAAUGGUAUAGAUACCUGUAACAUCGGGAUUGAUAUAUUUUACGUGACACUUGCGCAAAGAACCAGUAACUACCAGGUGACGUUAUUUUCUGCCUACGUAAGACCAAGCAUUCUACUCUCCAUUUACAUUUGGUAGGUAAUAAAAUCCUCAGUUAAAGAAAUCGAUACUAGGUAUGUCUCACACUGGGUAGUAUCAGAUCGAGUCAUGGUCUUGUGGAAUGUUCGGAAAACAAGAACUACACACACACACGCACACACGUCAGUUACCAUACAUGCAUGGGCAACAUAACUUUAAAGAUUUACUUCAUUUUACUGUACUAUAUAUACAAUUUCAUUCACGACUAAUUAAGAAGGUCAGACAAAUUCAUGGAUGAAGAUUAUAGAUGGAAAUGUGUUUCGCACAGGGAUUCUUACGUGGCUUCUUACAGCUUGCUUGCUUGCUUUAUUUUUUAUUAUAUGUAUUUAGUCCCAUAUUCGUAUUUGGAUAAUUUAUUUGUAUAGUAAAUUACUUGUGUAUUCGUUCAUUUAAAGAUUCAAACUCACGCUGUAAUUUCCUUUCAAUGUAAGGCGAAGGUAGGAGUCACUCGCCUUUCUUGAAUUUGUAAAGCUCUGUUGUUCAGUA